CCCGGUCUUCUUCUUCUCUUUAUUCUCUCUUCUCCAUCGCCACAGCAUCGAAGCCCUAGAAGCGAAGCCAAAUCUCCAAAUCCAUCGAGAAAGAUCGUUUGAUUUGGGUUGCGAAUGGAAUUCGAAUCUGUUUAAAAGCUGCGAUUUUGUGUCUGGUCUCGGAGUUUGGGGCUGAUUUGGGCCUCUGGGAGUUUAUUUGGAAGAGGGGGAGAGGAGGAGGUUCUUUUUGUGAUUUUUGUUGGCAUGGAUGAAGAGAGGGGUUUCUUGUUUGAUUUGUAUGCCUUUGAUGAUCAUUCUGGUUUCAGAUAACAAGGGACAUUGAUUCCUUGACCUGGAAAUUUGUUCAAUGAUUGUUCAAUUUCAGAUAGAAUUGCAAAGAAGGAAUCUUUGAAAUUUGUGUAGAUUUGUUUGCUUCGUUACAUGGAUCAGAAGCUCAAUUGAAGAUCCUUCUGUUUGUUGGAUUAAGGCAUCAUUGAUCCGAUUGCUGCCUUCUGAUAGUAUUCAUUUUUUUGCUGCAAGUGUGAUUGUAAUUUAAGAAAUCUGAAGUAUGAUUAAGCAGAUAUUAGGGCGGCUUCCGAAAAAGCCAUCAAACAAAGCUGAUAGUCGGGAAUUUCCCAGUGGGACUGCUGCUCCGGUAUCUGGUUCUUCUGUCAGUUUGAGGACCGGAGAUUUACAGAGUAACAGACCUGCUUAUCAGAACAAUCCCGUGCCAUAUGGGUCUAAUUCUGGGUUAAAUCAUGCGGGCAGGUAUCAACCGACCCCAAACUCAAAGUUGAAUGGAACUUCUGUUUCCCCUUCUUAUGAAGCACUACCCAAUUUUAGGGAUGUCCCAAGUUCUGAGAAGCAGAGCUUGUUCAUGAAAAAGGUGAAUUUGUGCUGUGUUGUGUUUGAUUUCACAGACCCAACAAAGAACAUGAAAGAGAAGGAGGUAAAGCGGCAGACAUUGUUAGAACUUGUUGAUUAUGUCACUUCAUCCAAUGCAAAGUUUCCUGAGCAUGUUAUGCAGGAAAUUGCCAAAAUGGUAGCUAUAAACUUGUUUAGAAAUCUUACUUCUAUGCCUCGUGAGAACAAGAUUUCAGAAGCUUUUGAUUUGGAGGAUGAGGAACCUGUGAUGGAUCCUGCUUGGCCUCAUUUGCAGAUUGUUUAUGAAUUCUUCUUGCGGUUUGUUGCUUCUUCUGAGACUGAUGCCAAGUUGGCAAAAAGAUAUAUAGAUCACUCCUUCAUCCUAAGGCUGCUAGAUCUCUUUGACUCUGAAGACCCUAGAGAGAGGGAGUACUUAAAGACAAUACUGCAUCGCAUUUAUGGUAAAUUUAUGGUGCACCGGCCUUUUAUCAGGAAAGCGAUUAAUAACAUUUUCUACAGGUUCAUCUUUGAAACAGAGAAGCACAAUGGGAUUGCUGAGUUGUUGGAAAUUUUGGGAAGUAUUAUUAAUGGGUUCGCUUUGCCACUUAAGGAAGAGCAUAAAUUGUUUCUGGUGCGAGCAUUGAUUCCGCUUCACAAACCAAAAUGCAUUCCUAUGUACCAUCAACAAUUGUCAUAUUGCAUCACACAAUUUGUUGAGAAAGAUUGCAAACUUGCAGAUACUGUUAUAAGGGGCUUGUUGAAAUACUGGCCCAUAACAAAUAGUUCAAAGGAAGUGAUGUUCUUAGGUGAGCUGGAGGAAGUCUUGGAGGCAACUCAGCCUGCUGAAUUUCAACGUUGUAUGGUUCCACUUUUCCGUCGGAUUUCCCACUGCUUAAACAGUUCUCAUUUUCAGGUUGCAGAGAGGGCACUUUUCUUAUGGAACAAUGAUCACAUUGAGAAUUUGAUCAAACAAAACCGGAAAGUGAUCCUGCCAAUCAUCUUCCCCGCAUUGGAGAGAAAUACAAGAGGUCACUGGAAUCAAGCUGUUCGGAGCCUUACACUAAACGUCCGCAAGAUUUUCUCUGAUCACGACCCUGAGUUAUUUGAUGAAUGCUUGCAGAAGUUCCAGAAAGAUGAAUCUAAAGAGAAAGAGAUUCAAUCGAAACGGGAAGCCACAUGGAAGCGCCUGGAGGAAGUUGCUGCUGCAAAAUCCGGAACAAAUUAAGAUUGCCAGGUCCGGGAUGAUCCAAAUCCACGAACAUUGUACAGGGGAUAGAACUGUAUAUACACGGGUAUAUGGAAACCACGAAGCAGCAAAAAUAGUCGACAAGCAUGUGGGAGUUUACAUGUUACACUACAUCGAUUAGAAGACUAGUGUAAUUGAUCAGUGUUUCUGGUUAUCAGUCUCCAGGGUGACAUUCUGGAUCUGCCAUAAAUCUGACUCUAUUCAUCCUAUCUGACAUUUGGUCAGUAUUUGUUGAGUAUUUGGAGAAUUCUCUUUGUUGUUGUUGUUGUUGUUGUGUCUUUAUUUUUCCGAACUAUUGGUAUGCUUUGGGAUGGGACCAUUGGUUGCCAUGGAUCUUAAAAUGUGGUUUAAUGCACUUUUGAUUUUUAA